GUAGCCCAAGUCAUGAACCGCCUCACUCCUCCUCCUCCUCCUCCUCCUCCUUAAUCUGGCUCAGCUGCCAUGGCGGUUCCAAAGAUUUUGUGUGUGGCGGAAAAGCCUGCAAUCGCUAAAGCGGUAGCCCAGCAUCUAUCUGGAGGUCGGGUGCAAACUCUGUCCAUCCAAGGAAGCCAGUAUGUCAAAAAUUACCUGUUUGAUUUCAAUUUUGGCCCUCCAUGGGGCCACUGCUCUGUCACCAUGACGAGCGUCCUUGGGCACUUGACAACCUUGGACUUUGAACGUCAGUACAAUACCUGGCUGUCUUGUCCACCUGUAGCGCUCUUUGAAGCUCCCGUCCGUGAAUCGGUGAAUGAUGAUAAGCAAGGGGUUGCAGAGAAUAUUCGAGAUCAAGCUCAAAAUUCUAAAGCUCUGUUUAUUUGGACCGAUUGCGAUAGGGAAGGAGAGCAUAUUGGAGCAGAGGUUCGCAAUCAGGCCAGACAGGCGAAUGCUAGGAUUGUCGUCAAACGAGCCAAGUUCAGCAAUACCGAGAGGGCUCAUGUUCUUCAAGCUGCGAGGUCUCUGAUUGAUCUUGAUGAACUCCAGGCUAAUGCAGUAGCCGCAAGAAUAGAACUCGAUCUUCGGAUUGGCGCUGCCUUCACUCGAUUACUAACCCUUCAACUGAAACCCCUGUCCAAUAUACUGGAGGAAAAUGUUAUUAGUUAUGGCUCUUGCCAAUUCCCUACCCUAGGGUUUGUGGUUGACCGCUAUCUACGCGUGAAGCGUUUCAAGCCAGAGAGGUUCUGGGGUAUCAGAGUCAUGCAUACCCGAGACGGCAUUAAAGUGAAUUUUCUGUGGAGUAGGGUUCAUCUGUUUGAUAGAGCUGCUGUGACAAUGAUGUUUGAGCGUUGCCUAGUGGCAAAGAUGGCCAAAAUUACGAAAGUGAACCAGAAGCCCACCAGCAAGUGGAGGCCCCUGCCACUGACAACGGUGGACCUGCAAAUGAUGGGAAGCAGAUACCUCCGCCUGGACAGUCAAAUGAUCAUGAAGGCGGCAGAAUCUCUUUACACAAAGGGGUUCAUAAGUUAUCCCCGUACUGAAACCGAUCAGUUCGAUAAAGCCAUUGAUCUAAAGAAAUUGGUAGAAAAGCAAUUGCCAGACCGGAACUGGGGCCAAUACGCUCGUGGGCUGCUAGAUGGCGGAUUUAGAACCCCCAGAGCUGGUCGACACAAUGACCAAGCGCAUCCGCCGAUUCACCCUGUUUGUUGGGUUGCGCCUAGUGCACUAGGAGCCGACGAAAAAAAAGUCUACGAAUUUGUCGUCCGACGAUUUCUUGCUUGUUGCUCGGAAGACGCAAAGGGCCAAGCAACUGAUGUUGAAAUCGAAUAUGGCGAUGAAAGAUUCCACGCGAAAGGCUUGAUAGUCUUAGAGAGAAAUUAUCUAGAUGUGUAUGUCUACGAUAAAUGGGAAAGUACACAGCAGCUGCCCAACUUUCGUGUGGGCGAGCUCUUUGAACCUACAGAAGCGAAUAUCUUUGAUGGGAAAACAUCUCCUCCAAACUACCUGACUGAGCCGGAGCUUAUUGGGCUCAUGGAUGCUAACGGGAUCGGAACUGAUGCUACAAUGGCGGAACACAUUGAUAAGAUCAAGAAACGUGAUUAUAUCGCCGUCCACUCUCGGGGAGGCGGUCGAAGCGCUGUCAAGGAACUUAUUCCUACUCGCUUGGGCAUUGCUUUGAUCUUGGGGUACGAUGAUGUUGUCCUUGGCUUGCCGAAUAGCCCUUCACUAAGCAAGCCCUUUCUUCGAAAGGAGACAGAGCUGCAGAUGCGAGAGAUCUGUGCUGGCACAAGGUCACGAGAACAAGUGGUCCAGGAGGGUCUAGACAAAUACCGGGAGGUUUUCAACCACACCCAAAGACGAAUUGAUUUACUGAAAGCCGCCUUUCAAAAGUAUAUCGUGGAGGAGGCCAAUGUGUGAUUUUUUUUUUGGCCGGGUUGGGCCUAGGAAAAGGCUCAUCUACAACAUAGAACUUAUCAACAAGCAAGGCAUGAUAGGCUCAACCGACAGGGCUUGGAAACCAUGAUUAUGAACUGAAAGCCUCAAUUAUAGGAUCUAGUCCCCACGAAACCUAGGUCUACAGCUGAAUGAGGCCUUGGAAUACUGCCCCC